UGAAUCUCGCCAUGGCUCUUCCGGCUUGCUCGGCGUGCUCACCCCGCUAUGAGAAACAAAAAGUGCAACGUUAGUAGUGGUUUUCGUUGUCUCCAGUUCUGCACUGCACACAGGCGCCGCUGUGGAAGUAGUAACGCAUUGGAUACAACAGAGUGUUGUUGUCAGUCAAACCGGACGUGCUAACGUUAGCUCACUAACAACUUGUGAGGACCCUGAAGUUGUGGCGGAGUCCAGAUGACCAGACGGAGGUGAGGAGAUGGGCUGUGUCCGCUGGGCUUUUCGCUGCGGGUCGUGGACACCGACCGGGUCUGACUGGCUGUUUUCUGCUCGUUGCGUUCAGCGGGAGGAGAAAGACCGGAUCGGACAGUUUGUGUUUGCUAAGGAUGCCAAGUCAGCCAUGGCGGGCAGGUUGUUGCUGAGGAAAUUUGUGUGUGAGAGGAUGGGGAUCCCCUGGUCGGAGAUCAGACUGGAGCGAUCCCCCAGAGGGAAACCUUACCUGGCAGCACCACUGAAGGUCAGGCCAGAUUCAGGUCCUGAACCCCCGUCCUGGAGUUUCAACUUGUCCCACCAGGGGGACUAUGCGGUGCUUGCUGCACAGCAGGGGGUGCAGGUGGGAGUGGAUAUCAUGAAGAUCACCAUGCCAGGUAGCAGCUCCGUGCCAGAGUUUUUCCGCAUUAUGACUCGUCAGUUUACAGCGUACGAGUGGAGCGUCAUCCAAUCAGGCGGCUUAGUGCACCAGCAGCUUGCCGCGUUCUACCGCCACUGGGCCUUGAAGGAGAGCUUCAUCAAAGCCAUCGGCACGGGUCUGGGCUUCAACCUGCAGAGGGUGGAGUUUCACCUGUCCUCUGAACCGCUCACACAGAAAUAUGCACUGCGCCAGACCAAGAUGCAUCUAGACGAGGAAGAGGACGACGACUGGGUAUUUGAAGAGACCUUGCUGGAUACUGAUCAUCAUGUUGCUGUAGCACUCGGACCAGCAGACUCUGCACCUCUUCGUCCAUGUCUUCCUCCUCCCACCUCGUUCACACUGCUGUCGUUCAGUGACCUCAUCGCCUCAGCCUCACCUCUGACAGAGGAAGACCCCGCCUGCUGGGACAGCUUCAAGAUGAAGGCUGAAGCUCCACAGAGACAAAAAGAAACGCACGCAUCCAAAUAACCCCCCUCCACACACACACAUGCACACAUGCACACACGCACACAUGCACACACACCCACAUGCACACAUACACACAUACACACACCUUUUUAAAAGUGCCAACAAAAAACCCACUGACACUGAAGCUGCUUUCUCAAGGCCCAGUCAAGUUUGACCAAAGUUCUCUCUGAGGGCUUCAGAAUCCAUACGGCAUCUGACGCCUUCUAUCUUUAGAUCUUUGAUUCAGAUGAAACAAUAAACCUUUAAAUGCCCGAUACACACACACACACACACAUGCUGUUUUAGUACAUUCAAGUGUUUAAUGUUGAUCAAUAGAUGUAUAUCCUGUGAAUUUUGUUAACAUCCUGUGUAAUUUCAGGGUACACAUUGUACCAAGAUUCUGAACUGAGCACUUCAUUAUUACCCAUGUACACUCAAAAACACAUUUAUUAAAAUACAUCUGUAAUUCAUGCUGUAUAUACUGUAUAAUAUGUAAGAUAAGUAAGGCAUACUUCACAAUUAUAAAGAUGAUUUAAUGGACCAUAAUUACUUAAUGUUAAGUCUACUCCCAAUGUGGAUCAUGAAUGCAAGGGUCAAAUAAAGAAUUACUCUAAUUGGCAAUGUCAAA